GCAGCUCCAUUGCAAAACUGUGCAAAAGCGGCGAAGGAGCGGCGAGCCGAGCAACGAGCGACAUUUAACGCAGCGACCAAACAUACUUUGGGGGCGCUUCAUACACCCCCUUGGCUUGUUUCUGUCCACGGAGCUGAUUUAUAAAAGAAGCGACAAACACACCGAGAGUCCCGCAACUCCGGGGUCGUCCCCCCCAUUUGCCUGCCAGCCGGGCGAGGACCAGUCCAGUUGAGAUGGAGACUCUGCACCCCCACUGCCUGAAGUGCAUCAACAGGAGAUGCAUGGUGAGACCAGAGGCGGGUCUUUCCUGUGACUUGGUGGGCUGCCCGCUGGUGUGCGGCGCCGUCUUCCACGCCUGCAAGCUCCCGGAGCACCGGCUGCUGUGUCCGUACGAGCGGCUGCCGUGCCUCAACAGCGGCUUCGGCUGCCCCUUCAACGUGGCCCGGAUCAAGAUGGCGCAGCACCUGGAGACGUGCCCCGCCAGCAUCGUGUGCUGCACCAUGGAGUGGAACCGCUGGCCCGUCAGCUACGGCGACCGCAAGUCCUACGAGAACCUGAGCAAAGACUUUGACGAGGUGGAGCAGCUGGACAUGGCGCUGGCCCUGCAGGACCAGAGGAUGCUCCUGGAGUCCCUCAGGGUCACCACCACCGUGUCGAAGAACGGCGACAAGGAGGCCGGCGGCAAGAUGGCGGCGGCGCCGAGCGAGGCGGCCAACGGGACGGUGGAGAUGGAGGAGGAGCCUUACAGCGACUUGUACCAGGCCUCGGUGGAGUCCAGUCGAAGCUUGGCGGCAGCUUUGGACAUUCUCUCGAACUCUACGGACAUUGACGUUCUGGUCGGCAAUUUCAACGGGGAUGACGACGUCGCCGCCGCGGGAAAGAACGUGGACAUGCAAGGGAGCGACUCUGACUCAGAGUGUGAGCUGGGGGCGGUGGGCGGGGUGGACUGUGCGGGUGGGGCAGACAAAGGUGGAGACGUCCCCGCCUGGCCGGAGGAGGAGGAGGACUUUGUGGAGAUUUUCUUUGAGGAAAAGGAGGACAUUAUCCAAGACCCGGUGGAGGACAGCCUUCCCGUCUGGCCGCGGGUGGCGGAGAAUUACAUGCCGGUGGUGGCGCUGGAGCCCGGCGCCCAAGCGCUCGCUCCUCCCGUCCCCCUCCUGCUGGCCGACAACGUGAGGAACAGCUUCUUGCACCAGCUGCCGUCGGAGCUGCGCUACCGCUGUCUGGAGCGCAAGCUGCAGAACGUGGAGGUGCUGCGCGGCAUCAACAUGUUCACCUUCAACGGCCGCCGGGCGCUGCUGUCGGACCCGUACUUGUUCAGGGCCAAGAUGGAGGACAAGGCGGUGGACACGUCCGACCUGGAGGUGGCGGACGACCCCAUGGGCCUGCACGGCAUCGACCUCAUCACCGCCGCCUUGCUCUUCUGCCUGGGCGACUCCCCCGGGGCGCGCAGCAUCUCGUACAGCAGGUUCGUGGACGGGUACCACAUCGACUGCGGCACGCAGACCUUCUCCUUCCCCUCCGCCAUCUUGGCCACCAACACCAUGGUGGGCGACAUCGCCUCGGCGUCGGCGUGCGACCACGCCAGCCCGCAGCUGUCCAACCCCAGCCCCUUCCACACGCUCCGCCUGGACCUGGUGGUGGAGUGCAUGGCCCGCUACCAAACCAAGCAGCGCUCCAUGUUCACCUUCGUGUGUGGACAGCUGUUCCGACGCGACGAGUUCUCCUCCCAUUUCAAGAACGUCCACGGCGACAUCCACGCCGGGCUGAACGGCUGGAUGGAGCAACGCUGCCCCCUGGCCUACUACGGCUGCACCUACUCCCAGAGGCGCUUCUGCCCGUCCGUGCAGGGCUUUCGGAUCAUCCACGACCGGCACCUGGGCUCCUUCGGCGUCCAGCCGGGUCUGCCGCUAAAAAGCGGCGACAAGCUGCCGAGGAGCGCCUGUCGCUUAGGCGCUCACGGCGACCGCUUCAGCGGCCUUCCGUUUGAGGUGCUGCAGCACGUGGCCAGCUUCCUGGACAGCUUCAGCCUGUGUCAGCUGUCCCGGGUGUCCCGCACCAUGAGGGACGUCUGCGCCAGCCUGCUGCAGAUGCGAGGCAUGGUGGUCCUGCUGUGGGAGAAGACGCGGCGGGAAGAUGGAUCCACGUCCUGGCAGAUCACGGACAAGGUGUGGCGCUUCAGCACGGCGUUCGGCACGGUCAACGAGUGGAAGUUCGCCAACAUCAGCAGCAUGGCCGACCACCUGAAGAAGUGCACGUUCAACACGGUGGCGCGGCGGGACGAGGCGGUGCCGCUGCCGUGCAUGUGCUUCACCCGGGAGCUCACCAAGGAGGGCAGGUGUUUGCGCUCCGUCCUCAAGCCCGUGUGGCCCACCAUGUGACGGCGAGAGCACAGUGUUAUCCUACAGUGUUUACAGAAAUACCACCUGAUAUCCUUCUAAGCCAUGCUGCAACCUGAUUGGUUAAACCAACCCUGUACAUAAUCACAUGCUCUGAUUUGUAUUUUUGAUAUCCCAAAACGUCAGUACUGUCGCGACGAUACGCUCCUUGAGGCCGCAGGGGAAGUAGCAAGUAUAGUCGGUCCCGUUUCUGUGGACCAACUCCUCAAACUCUGCACCACGUGCUCUUUUUUUUUUUUCCAUCAAAUGAGAGCCAAAGGAAUAAUUUCUACGAUUAUGUCCAUGCAGCAACAUAACAUCCGCCUGAUUAUAUAGCGUUAGAAUGUGCUGUUCAGUGCAAAGUAAGCUUCAAAAUAAAAGAUUGGCCAUAUUAGCCAGGAGCAACUUAGGAAAUACACAUAAAAAAAAUUAUUUUACAGUUUUAGCCGUCAAAACAAAGAACCAAAUAACCACGGCAGGACCAAGAAUGACAACAUCAGCAAACAUUCUUCAUCAUUGUCACCCCUACAACUUUAUAGGUACCCACCCAAUUCCAUUGGUGCUACCAAUUCAUGUCGAAUCCAACAAUACCUAAUUUGCAGACUCGCCCAUCGUCGUAAACACGUGGCGGGCAAACAGGCGCAUUCAUAGCGGGCUGCCUCGUAAGUCAGGGGUCACCAACCUUUUUGACACCAAGAGCUACUUCUUGGGUAGUGAUUAAUGCGAAGGGCUACCAGUUUGAUACACACUUAAAUAAAUGGCCAGAAAUAGCCAAUUUGCUCAAUUUAUCUUUAACUCUGUUAUUAUUAAUAACUAAUGAUAUUUACACUUAAUUGAACGGUUUAAAAGAGGAGAAAACACACAAAAAAAUGACUAUUCAAUUUUAAAACAUAGUUUAUCUUCAAUUUCGACUCUUUAAAAUUCAAAAUUCAACCGGGAAAAAAAAAGAGAAAAACUAGCUAAUUCAAAUCUUUUUGAAAAAAUUAAAAAAAGAAUUUAUGGAACAUCAUUAGUAAUUUUUCCUGAUUAAGAUUAUUUUAGAAUUUUGAUGACAUGUUUUAAAUAUGUUAAAAUCCAAUCUGCAAUUUGUUAGAAUAUAUAACAAAUUGGACCGAACUAUAUUUCUAACAAAGACAAAUCAUUAUUUCUUCUAGAUUUUCCAGAACAAAAAUUUUCAAAGAAAUUCAAAAGACUUUGAAAUAAGAUUUAAAUUUGAUUCUACAGAUUUUGUAGAUUUAGCCAGAAUAAUUGUUUUGAAUUUUAAUCAUAAUAAGUUUGAAGAAAUAUUUCACAAAUAUUCUUCGUCGAAAAAACAGAAGCUAAAAUGAAGAAUUAAAAUUAAAAUGUAUUUAUUAUUCUUUACAAUAAAUUAAAAAAAUUUAAUUGAACAUUGAUUUAAAUUGUCAGGAAAGAAGAGGAAGGAAUUUAAAAGGUAAAAAGGUAUAUGUGUUUAAAAAUCCUAAAAUCAUUUUUAAGGUUGUAUUUUUUUCUCUAAAAUUGUCUUUCUGAAAGUUAUAAGAAGCAAAGUACAAAAAAAUAAUGAAUUUAUUUAAACAAGUGAAGACCAAGUCUUUCAAAUAUUUUCUUGGAUUUUCAAAUUCUAUUUGAGUUUUGUCUCUCUUAGAAUUAAAAAAGUCGGGCAAAGCGAGACCAGCUUGCUAGUAAAUAAAUACAAUUUAAAAAAUAGAUGCAGCUCACUGGUAAGUGCUGCUAUUUGAGCUAUUUUUAGAACAGGCCGGCGGGCUACUCAUCUGGUCCUUACGGGCUACCUGGUGCCCGCGGGCACCGCGUUGGUGACCCCUGCUCUAAGUAGUUGUCAUUUUGCAUGCCAACAAAACAAGCAUGCCUGAAAGAAGGCGCUCCAAAGUAAGGCUUUACUUUUCCAAACUGAUUUGCACGGGAAGUGCCGUCCGUAUACAUGCUGGUGAUUAGCAUUAGCGUUUUUACAUGGCAAUAUCAAAAGUAAAAUGAAGACGCCGGUUACGCUCACACAGCGGGUGUGUAAUGAGUACAGUACUUGCAGCGGGGGGGUGAAUAUUUGGGCACCCGUACAUUCAAACCGGUUCCAAUUCCCGAUGCGGCGAUUCAAUUCAGAAUCGAGUCUUGAUUCAACAUGACUCUCACUUCAGACGGACUCUCACGCUGUAUUAUUUGGUAUAACAAUUGUAAUGAAACUUUUUCAAAAUCCUCCUUGUUGUACUUUUAAAAAUGUAUUCUCAUUUAAAAAUUUUUUUUUGAGUUUUAGAAAAUUAUAAAUCGAUUUAGAAUUGGGACGAAUAGUAAUCGUGAUUAGGAUUUGAAUCGAUUUUUUUUUUUUACUGCACCCUUAACUUACAGUAUAAACACUUUGUAGGACGCAACGAAAUACAUGCACCCGAAUAGCAAAGACUACUUCCUGACUACGGCAACACACUGAAAUGAGCGUAAGACAACUAAAUAUCACACCUGAACAGCACAAUUAUUACCAUCCGUUUUCUACCGCUUGUCCCAAUUCGAGGGUGUUGGAGCCUAUCUCGGCUGCAUUCGGGCGGAAGGCGGGGUACACCCUGGACAAGUCGCCACCUCAUCACAGACAAUUAUUACAAGCUGUUACAAAAACCCAAAAGCAGUGAAGUUGUCACGUUGUGUAAAUGGUAAAUAAAAACAAAUCCUUUUCAACGUAUAUUCAAUUGAAUAGACUGCAAAGACAAGAUAUUUCAUGUUCACACUGACAAACUAUUUUUUUUUGUGUGCAAAUAAUCAUUAACUUAGAAUUUAAUGGCAGCAACACAUUGCAAAAAAGGCAUUUUUACCAGUGUGUUACAUGGCCUUUCCUUUUAACAACACUCAGUAAAGGUUUGGGAAGUGAGGAGACACAUUUUUGAAGUGGAAUUCUUUCCCAUUCUUGCUUGAUGUACAGCUUAAGUUGUUCAACCGUCUCCCUUCUCAUAUUUUAGCAUCCACACAUUUUCAAUGUCUGGACUACAGGCAGGCCAGUCUAGUACCCGCACUCUUUUACCAUGAAGCCACGCUGUUGUAACACGUGGCUUGGCAUUGUCUUGCUGAAAUAAGCAGGGGCGUCCAUGAUAACAACAUAUGUUGCUCCAAAAGCUCUAUGUACCUUUCAGCAUUAAUGGUGCCUUCACAGAUGUGUAAGUUACCCAUGUCUUGGCCACUAAUACACCCCCAUACCAUCACACAUGCUGGCUUUUACACUUUCACCCUAGAACAAUCCGGAUGGUUCUUUUCCUCUUUGGUCCGGAGAACACGACAUCCACGGUUUCCAAAAACAAUUUGAAAUGUGGACUCGUCAGAACACUUUUCCACUUUGCAUCAGUCCAUCUUAGAUGAGCCGGCGGCCUUUCUGGGUGUUGUUGAUAAAUGGCUUUGGCUUUGCAUAGUCGAGUUUUAACUUGCACUUACAGAUGUAGCGACCAACUGUAGUUACUGACAUUGGUUUUCUGAAGUGUUGCUUAGCCCAUGUGGUGAUAUCCUUUACACACCGAUGUCGCUUUUUGAUGCAGUACCGCCUGAUGGAUCCAAGAUCCGUAAUAUCAUGGCUUACGUGCAGUGAUAUCUCCAGAUUCUCUGAACCUUUUUGAUGAUAUUACGGAGCGUAGAUGGUGACAUCCCUAAAUUCCUUGCAACAGCUGGUUGAGAAAUGUCGUCCUUAAACAAUUUGCUCAGGCAUUUGUUGUGAAUGACUGAGCAUUUCACGGAAGCUGCUUUUAUACCCAAUCAUGGCACCCACCUGUUCCCAAUUAGCCCGUUCACCUGUGGGAUGUUCCACAUAAGUCUUUGACGAGAACUCCUCAACUUUCUCACUCUUUUUUGCCACUUGUGCCAGCUUUUUUUUAAACAUGUCGCAGGCAUCAAAUUCCAAAUGAGCUAAUAUUUGCAAAAAAUAAUAACAAAGUUUACCAGUUGGAACGCUAAAUAUCUUGUCUUUGCAGUCUAUUCAAUUGAAUAUAAGUUGAAAAGGAUUUGUUGUAUUGUCUUUUUAUUUACCAUUUACACAACGUGACAACUUCACCGCUUUUGGGGUUUGUAUUUGCGCUAAUGAAUUUGUAACCAUAUUGGAGCACGAGCGGUGGCACGUCGGUCUGGCUGCCAGGAGAAACCGAGGGUUUGAAUCCCUUUGCGCGUGCGUCCGUGCGCUCCCGCUUUCUCCGUGUAGAAUGUCAAUCAUUGUCGUUUCCCUGCGGCCUUCGGUGUGUUCAGGAGCAGACGCUGCCUCGUGUGCGCCACCCGGAGGCCGUCUGGCCAGGUUAAAUCCAAUGUAGCAGGUAAAAGGUAAAGCAGGAGUGAGCAACAACCUGCAGGGCAGGUCUGGUCUGGCGGCCUUCAAAGAGCCUGGCGAGCUCAUGCUGUUACUUGGCCAGGUGGGGGCGCUGUAGUGCAUGAUCAAUAUUACUGUAAGGACAACAGUUGCUGUGUUGUUUUUCUCUUCAUGGCGUGAUCUAGACUGACUUUUAAGAAAAAAAGUGUUUUGUUUUUAUAUGUCCACAAAAGAGCUGUCUUUUUUUUAUUAUCUUUGCAGGUGUGUUUUUUUUUUUUUACGUUUAGUGGUACUCUGAAAGCUGCCUCUGUAGCAUCAUUUUAUUUUUCAAAUAAUGGAUUUGCACAUGAAGCAUGUACUGUAAAAGGUUGUUUGUGAUUAUUAUGCAUGUGUUUGUUGAGUUGUCAGGCACGGUGCGUUCAAUGAGCACACCUCCUCCAUUCUUGUGUUCAGCCUUUGGAACCUUUUCACUCCCAGCUGUGAAGUGUGCUUCACCACCGGAUGCCGGCUUCGUUUCUUUCACCUUCUCAAGCGUUUUAAUAAUAUUAUUUAAUAAAGAGGCUCCUCUU